ACGCAGACAUGCAGCCUCUCGAACCUCAUCGUUAGGCGGGAGUAUUCCAAUUUGACGGAUCUGGAGAAGCUGGCAUAUACUAAGGCCGGUGAGUUGCUGAUGGUUCCACCAUCUUUCUCUAAUGGACCAAGAACAGCCACGUACUUACUUUCAUCUCAACAUCAGUCACAUGUCUUAUGGACAGCCCCUCCAAGAUCCCAGCCGGUGACGCCCCUGGUGCGAAGUCCCGCUAUGAUGACUUCGUGGCUAUCCACGUCAACCAGACUGAGACGAUUCACUUCACGGGUUCGUUCUUGUCAUGGCAUAGGUAUUACAUGUACAGCUUUGAAAGGGCCCUUCGUGAUGAAUGUGGCUACGCGGGAUACUUGCCGUACUGGAAUUGGGGCAAGACGUCCAAGGAUCCUAUGAACUCUCCCCACAUGAACGGAGACCAGUAUUCCCAGGGCGGAAACGGCAUCUGGGCGCCGCAUAAUUGCACCAGCCCCGUGCCGGGUUGCGAGUACUGCAUCCCCGUCGUUGAAGGGCGUGGUGGCGGCUGCGUCGAAACUGGCCCCUAUGUCGGCAGGAUGUGCAACAUCUCCGCCACGAGCCCGAGCCUGGUCGCACCCGAUGCACCUGUCGCCGGGACGAAGCUGAGCUAUGCUCCGCGGUGCAUCCGGCGUGACAUCUCGCCCAACAUCACCGCCACUUUCUCUACCGAUGCCAAGCAUCUCGAUCUCCUGACUAACCCGCUGUACCAAGACAGCAUUGGGCCCUACCAGGACCGUUUGCAGGGGAAGCCUUUCGACCAGUGCGAUCCGGGUCAGCACGGAGCUGGAUACUUUACCUGGGCUGCUGAUCCGGGAGGUGAUGUUUACAACACCCCGAAUGACCCCCUGUUCUGGCUGCACCAUGGCGGCAUCGAUCGUUCAUGGUGGAUCUGGCAAAACCAGAAGCCUACCGACCGGGCUUUCAUGAUUGACGGCACGCUCACUUUGCUCAAUGAUCCUCCCAGCCGCAACGCAACCGUGGAAGACAUCCUUGACCUGAUGUACGCCGCACCGGCCGACACACCACCUUUCGCUAUCAAGAACCAUGUCAGCUCGGUUGCUGGCCCGUACUGUUACAUCUAUCUAUAGCGGACAUGUGUUCUGCUUUAUUCAUCGCCAUGAGCAUAGAGACCAAGUUAAUUAUUAUGAUAAGUUACUUCAAGGAAAUAAUGACAUAGUUACUAUAAAUAAUAAUACUGGUUA